UCUAAUGGCGGACGGGGAGGCAACGCUGCCGGUCGCCGACUGCGGGGGGGCAGGUCUCGGGCCCCCGGCAAGUGCUCUGGGCAUAUGCAAGGGGUUUCCACCCGGCGGCGACGCGAGCCUCCCCUCGACCCCGAGUGGGCCCUGGCGCGGCGGGGUCGACGCUGGGUGGGCCGAUUCGGGGGAACAGGAUUCCCCUCUGGCGUCGAGGCUGCGCUCGCCCUUCCCCCUCUCCCUCCGGGAGAAGGCUUGCUGCCCUCCGCCUCCUCCCUCCAGGUUUUGCCUUUCACGUGGGUUUUGGUCCCAAAUAAAUAUUUCACGCCGUCUUGCUCCACUUUACGUAGGAGGGGGUUGUUGGUCACGGCCUGGGGGGCAGUAAUCGAAGGGCCGAACCUCCUUGACCUCUUAUUCCCUUCUCUGCCUCCUCUUGGUGGAAAGGGCUUGGUUCUCCCACCUGGUUAGAUGUUCUUGAUCCAUUUUUCAUUUUUCCUCUUAUCCCAGGACCAGGAAUCGUCUUCAGCCCUACCUGGUACAUCUUGGGCAGAAAGUGAGGAGGAAAACACCCCCAUUGUUCUUUGGCAUGGACGCAGGUUCAGUGGGAGGAUUAGACUUGACUGAUCAGACUCCUGUUUUAUUAGGCAGCACGGCCAUGGCAACCAGUCUCACGAAUGCAGGAAACUCAUUUAGCGGUCCGCCUAAUCCUUUAGUUCCUAGAUCCAGUAAAUUCCAGAACUCAUCCGUGGAAGACGAUGAUGACGUUGUUUUUAUCGAACCUGUACAACCUCCCCCGCCUCCUGCACCUGCCGAUCAGAGAACCGUGACAUUUACAUCAUCAAAAAAUGAAGAGCUGCAAGGAAAUGAUUCCAAAGUUCUGCCUUCCUCAAAAGAAUUGGCUUCUCAGAAGGGAAGUGUAAGUGAGACAAUUGUCAUUGAUGAUGAAGAGGACGUGGAAACAAACCAAGGGCAAGAGAAAAACUCCAAUUUUAUUGAACGGAGACCUUCUGAGACUAAAAACAGAACCAAUGAUGUGGAUUUCUCCACUUCCAGUUUUUCAAGAAGUAAGGUAAAUGCAGGAAUGGGUAGUAGUGGUAUCACCACAGAACCAGACUCUGAAAUUCAGAUUGCUAAUGUUACCACCUUAGAGACAGGUGUAAGCGCUGUGAAUGACGGCCAAUUAGACAGUACUGACGGGCGAGACAUGAACUUAAUGAUUACACAUGUAACGUCACUGCAGAAUGCCAGCUUGGGAGAUGUCUCUAACGGACUGCAGUCAAGUAAUUUUGGUGUUAAUAUACAAACAUACACCCCAUCUUUAACUUCACAGACCAAGACUGCAGUAGGACCUUUUAAUCCUGGUAGAGUGAAUGUGGCAGGAGACGUAUUUCAGAACGGAGAGUCUGCAACUCAUCAUAACCCUGAUUCUUGGAUCUCCCAGUCAGCAUCAUUUCCCCGUAAUCAGAAACAGCCGGGGGUGGAUUCUUUAUCACCAGUGGCCUCGCUUCCUAAACAGAUUUUCCAGCCUUCUGCCCAACAGCAACCCACUAAACCAGUUAAAGUCACUUGUGCAAACUGCAAAAAGCCUUUACAGAAGGGACAGACAGCUUAUCAGCGCAAAGGAUCAGCUCACCUCUUCUGUUCCACCACCUGCCUCUCUUCCUUCUCUCACAAGCCUGCUCCAAAGAAACUUUGUGUUAUGUGUAAAAAAGAUAUAACUACGAUGAAAGGAACCAUUGUUGCUCAAGUGGAUUCAAGUGAGUCCUUCCAGGAAUUCUGUAGCACGUCUUGUUUGUCUCUCUAUGAAGACAAGCAGAACCCCACUAAAGGAGCUCUGAAUAAAUCAAGGUGUACAAUUUGCGGUAAACUAACAGAGAUACGCCAUGAAGUUAGCUUUAAAAAUAUGACUCAUAAGCUGUGCAGUGACCACUGCUUUAAUAGAUACAGGAUGGCCAAUGGUCUGAUAAUGAAUUGCUGUGAGCAGUGUGGGGAGUACUUGCCCAGCAAAGGUGCUGGGAACAACGUCUUGGUCAUUGAUGGUCAGCAGAAGAGAUUUUGCUGUCAAAGUUGUGUCAGUGAAUACAAGCAGGUAGGUAGCCACCCAAGCUUCCUGAAGGAGGUUCGAGAUCACAUGCAGGACACUGUGCUGAUGCAGCCCGAGAAAUAUGGAAAACUGACCACCUGUACUGGUUGUCGAACACAGUGCAGGUUUUUUGACAUGACCCAGUGCAUAGGUCCUAAUGGAUACAUGGAGCCAUAUUGUUCAACUGCUUGCAUGAACAGUCACAAGACAAAAUAUGCAAAAUCACAAAGUUUGGGAAUUAUUUGCCAUUUUUGUAAGCGAAACUCUUUACCUCAGUAUCAAGCCACAAUGCCUGAUGGAAAACUGUAUAACUUUUGCAAUUCCAGUUGUGUGGCUAAAUUUCAGGCUCUCAGCGUGCAGUCCUCUCCAAAUGGCCAGUUUGUAGCGCCCAGUGAUAUUCAGUUGAAAUGCAACUACUGCAAAAAUUCCUUUUGUUCAAAACCAGAAAUCCUGGAAUGGGAGAACAAAGUGCAUCAGUUCUGCAGCAAAACUUGCUCAGAUGACUAUAAGAAGCUGCAUUGCAUAGUUACGUAUUGCGAAUACUGUCAAGAGGAGAAGACUCUUCAUGAAACAGUAAAUUUCUCUGGCGUUAAGAGACCUUUCUGUAGUGAAGGCUGCAAACUAUUGUACAAACAGGAUUUUGCAAGACGUUUAGGACUGAGAUGUGUUACUUGCAACUAUUGCUCUCAGCUGUGUAAGAAGGGGGCAACGAAGGAGCUGGACGGCGUGGUGAGGGACUUCUGCAGCGAGGACUGCUGUAGGAGGUUUCAGGACUGGUACUACAAGGCCGCGAGGUGCGACUGCUGCAAGUCUCAGGGGGCGCUCCGGGAGCGGGUGCAGUGGCGCGGGGAGAUGAAGCACUUCUGCGACCAGCACUGCCUGCUGCGCUUCUACUGCCAGCAGAACGAGCCCAACAUGGCCACGCAGAAGGGGCCCGAGAACUUGCACUAUGAUCAGGGUUGUCAGACGUCCCGAUCCAAAAUGACAGGCUCAGCACCUCCCCCUUCUCCGACCCCCAACAAGGAGAUGAAGAACAAAGCGGUUCUGUGCAAGCCUUUAACCAUGACCAAGGCCACUUACUGCAAACCCCACAUGCAGAGCAAGUCCUGUCAGACGGACGGCGGCUGGAGGGCGGAGCGCGUGCCGGUGCCCGUGCCGGUGCCUGUGUAUGUGCCGGUGCCCAUGCACAUGUACAGCCAGAGCGUGCCCGUGCCUACCACACUCCCCGUUCCCGUGCCGGUUCCCGUGUUUCUGCCCGCCCCCUUGGACAGCAGUGAGAAGAUCCCUGCAGCAGCGGAGGAGCUAAAAAGCAAAGUUUCUUCAGAGCCUCUCGAUACAGAGCUGCUCACGGUGACAGACGUGAUGACCGAGGAUGAGGGGGGAGCGGAGGGCGCCGACGUCAACAGUGUGAUUAUGGAGACAGACGUAAUCAGUUCAGACCUCGUGAAGAGCUCUGACCCAGAGACACAGUGCCACGUGCCCGACGUUCCGUACGAGCCUGACCUGGAUAUUGAAAUAGAUUUCCCCAGAGCUGCAGAGGAGCUUGAUGUGGAAAAUGAGUUUUUAUUGCCACCUGUAUUUGGAGAAGAGUAUGAGGAGCAGCCUAGACCUCGAUCUAAAAAAAAGGGAGCCAAGAGAAAAGCGGUGUCAGGAUACCAGUCUCAUGAUGACAGUUCUGACAACUCAGAGUGCAGCUUUCCUUUCAAAUACACGUAUGGUGUCAACGCAUGGAAACACUGGGUCAAGACCAGGCACCUGGAUGAAGAUCUUCUGGUAUUAGAUGAGCUAAAAUCUCCUAAAUCAGUAAAGUUAAAAGAGGACCUCCUCUCUCACACCACUGCUGAACUUGACUACGGGUUGGCCCAUUUUGUCAAUGAGAUCCGACGGCCCAAUGGAGAAAAUUAUGCACCUGACAGCAUCUACUACCUUUGCCUUGGGAUUCAGGAGUACUUGUGUGGUAGUAAUCGAAAAGACAACAUAUUUAUUGAUCCAGGAUACCAGACAUUUGAGCAAGAAUUGAAUAAAAUACUCCGAAGUUGGCAGCCAAGCAUACUUCCAGAUGGGUCAAUCUUUUCUCGAGUUGAAGAAGAUUAUCUGUGGAGGAUAAAACAACUAGGCUCCCACUCUCCAGUAGCUCUUCUGAACACCCUCUUCUACUUUAACACUAAAUAUUUUGGCCUGAAAACUGUGGAACAACACUUAAGACUUUCCUUUGGCACUGUGUUUAGGCAUUGGAAAAAAAACCCCGUAACAAUGGAAAAUAAGGCAUGUCUUCGAUACCAGGUGUCUUCCUUGUGUGGAGCAGAUAAUGAAGAUAAAAUUACUACUGGAAAAAGAAAACAUGAAGAUGAUGAGCCAGUCUUUGAACAAAUUGAAAACACAGCCAACCCUUCCAGAUGUCCUGUGAAGAUGUUCGAGCGCUACCUGUCCAAAAGUCCACAGAAUCUUAAUCAGAGAAUGGAUGUUUUUUAUUUGCAACCAGAAUGCUCUAGUUCUGCAGAUAGCCCUGUCUGGUACACGUCUGCGUCACUGGACCGAAACACCUUGGAAAACAUGCUCGUACGGGUUCUUUUAGUAAAAGAUAUUUAUGAUAAAGACAAUUAUGAACUGGACGAAGACACAGACUAAAAAAGGAACGUUUCAGAAGCAAUCGGGAUAAAACAGCAUUAGGUAGUCAUGCUGCUAGGUCUUCAUUAUGGAAACAUUUCAAGUUUACUCCUUCUGUUCUGAGUUUUGUAGCAUUGCACCCACACUGGGUACUACCGUGUAAAUAAUCUGUGAGUGGGAGCUGCCCCAUUAUUCUGUGUAGUGGUUUUAGGACACUUACAAAUGCAUUCAGAUUCUUUUUUUUUAUUAUUAUUUAUUGAUUAGGUAUGUUUGUAACUUUUUACAUUGGAAAACAUGAAUGAGAAUGUGCCAUGUAUAAUUUUUCUUGUAGUAAGGAACAUCCAUCUUGCACAACUCUGCUGUUGCAAAGCUCCCUGGGAGGGGCUCUUCUCCUGGACUCCUCACCAGGGGUUGUGUGUGGGGAGCGCUACUAAACCUGAGAACCUGCAGUGUCUUUCAGAAUUUUUAAAAUAAACUGUAAACUACUAGGCUGGGUUUUUUGUUCUGUUCUGGGGGGGGUGUUUGUUUUGCUUUACACUUUAGUUACUGAAGCCUUACAAGGUUCUGUAGAGAGAUACCAUCUUCUGUACCAAAAAUAGAUGAGAGAAUGCUGUCAACGUUGGUGUACUGUACUGUGAAUCUCUACUGGGAAAGAGCUCUUUGUUCCCCUUAUUAAAACCUUAGUGUCCUUUUCUCAUUUGUGGCUUUCUGCAUCACCCCAGACAGUAGUAAUUAUGUUAUAUUUAUAUAUAUGUAUGUGUGCAUAUAUGUAUACAUAUGUAUGUAUAUAUAUGAAGAAUGAUGUUGAAAACAUGAUCAUGGAGACGUUUUCCUUGUAAAAAUGUCUGAUGAAAGUAUAAAAUUCUGUUUUCUGUGUCAGCCAUAGGUAUUCAAAAUCCCCUUUGUUAUGGAAGUUUGUUUUUCUCUCCCCUUUCAAGGACACAGAUCAUUUGCAGUAUCUGGUGGGCCUCUGAAACCUUACCAGUUCCUGAGCGUUCUCAUGCCUGCCCUCGGGUAGGACGGAGGCACACACUGGGUGAGAUUGCGUGUAAGAAUGCCACUCUGGAAGCAGUUACAGUAAGACAGCAUCUGCUUUACUGUGAAGAUCACCAGUGUAGCGGCUGGUACUUUAGGUGGCUGGAGGACAAGGAAACAAACUGAUGGAUAAUGUGUAUCUCAGAGGAACUUGGUCGGAUGUUAAGAUUGUUUGGCUUUUACAUUUUAAUUACUUCUUAUAGAAGGUUGCAUUAAAAACUUUGUAUUUCUGCAUAGCAA